GUGUGUGGGAGUCUCUCUGUCUUCGAAGAGAGAGAGAGAGAGAGAGAGAGAGCAAUGGCUGCUGCAGAAGAAGAAAGCGCUGUGAAGGAGCCUUUGGAUCUGAUAAGGCUGAGCCUCGACGAGCGCAUCUAUGUCAAGCUCCGUUCCGACCGUGAACUUCGCGGCAAACUCCAUGCUUACGAUCAGCAUCUUAAUAUGAUCCUUGGUGAUGUUGAAGAAAUUGUUACUACUGUUGAAAUUGAUGAUGAAACAUACGAAGAAAUUGUGAGGACGACAAGGCGUACUGUUCCUUUCUUGUUUGUUAGGGGAGAUGGAGUGAUAUUGGUUUCCCCGCCGCUGAGGACUGCAUGACAAUUGACAUGGAGGGAAUCUUUGUAUUCAUUUUAAUGAAGAUUAUCAAUCUUGCUGAAAAUGUAUUAGCUUGUUAAGAUAGUGGUUAUGAUUAGAUUAGUCCCUUAAUUGCCGUGUUUGCUAGUGGUUCAUUUCUGUUUGAGACAGAUUUUAGUUUUAUUGAGCAUGAGAAUCACAGCAUGUACAUGACUAGACUCUUGGUGGCAGUGCAGCAUUGUCUUUACUUCUAAGUUGCUCUAUAGAUAUGAUUCUUGAUAAGUCUCA